GCUAACCGGCAUGUGAAUAGUAGCACUGUGGCCAAAACAUGGACCUCAAAACAGGCAGCCUGGCCUUUUCCUGUCAGUCUUUCCCCCACCCUCUCCACCUGCCGAAGUGAAGCAACCAGAAGAAAAGCAAGGGGAAAAAAAGUAACGUAAGGACAAAAGUAAAGCAAGGGGAGGUCGGUGAAUAGCUUUUCUCCCUUCAAUGGUCAAGUUCUGGAGUUGGACUCUCAAAUGGCAAUCUUGGUUGCUAUUAUUAGAUCAGGCUCUUUGAGGACUAUGUGAAGAGAUCCUUCAAAUAUAUCCCUUGAGAAGUUAAAGGGCCUUGAACCAUUGCGGUCAAAUUGUGGAAAGGUGGCAUUCAUGUUUGAAAUUUCUCAGUACCUUGCAAUAAUUAUCCAAUGGCAAGAAGGAAGAGUUGGUUUGAACGUGUGAAGAGGUUCUUUAGCUCUGAGACCAAAUCACAACCAGAAAGUACUGAGAGGAGAAGAAGAUGGCUUGUUGGAAGGCUUAAAUCCAAAUGCUCGCCUGCUCUUCAGGCUCCAUCAUCAUCAAAGGCACCAUCACUCAGAGAAGCAGAAGAAGAGCAGAGCAAGCAUGCAGUGGCUGUUGCUGUUGCAACUGCAGCAGCUGCUGAGGCUGCUGUUGCUGCUGCUCAGGCAGCUGCUGCGGUUGUCCGCCUCACAGGAACUCCUUCAUCUUAUCAUAGGAGCAGAGAAAUUGCAGCCAUCAAAAUUCAGACUGCCUUCCGUGGCUAUCUUGCAAGGAGAGCUUUGCGAGCACUGAAAGGCCUGGUUAGGCUUCAAGCUCUGGUUCGUGGUCAAUCAGUGAGGCGUCAGACAGCCAUUACUCUCAAAGGUUUGCAGUCUCUUAUGAAGAUUCAAUCACUGGCUCGUGCUAGCAGAGUGAGAAUUGCCGAGGAUAAUCCAGCUUGUGAUGGCAAAGACCUUAUCCAUGGGAAAUCAAAGGAUAAGGAAGAUAUAAAGACAAUUCUUCAAGAAGGCAAUGAGAGAGGGUGGGAUGGGAGCACAUUAUCUAAGGAAGAGAUUGAUGCCAUAGUGAAAAGCAGGCGGGAGGCUGCGCUAAAGCGAGAGAGAGCAAUGGAAUAUGCAUCAGCCCAUCAGGAGAGGAGAAAUGCAAGAAAGGCAACAACUCCAUCAUGUAAAGAAGUAGACUUAGAUGAUCUGAACAAUAGAUGGAGCUGGCUAGAGCAAUGGGUUGGCUCACAGCCAUUGGAUAAGGACAUUCCUGAAGUUCAUCCGAGUCUAAACAUUCCUGAAGUUCAUCCGAGUCUAAGUCCAGAGGGAGAACUCCAUCAUCAGGAGCUUCGUGCUUCAGAUUCACUUAUCUGUUUGGAUUCUGACAACAAAGACGAGGCAGAAGAAACUCAACUCAGAUAUUUAGCCAGGAGAUCAUUUAACCAGUCAAGACGAACUUCCACAAGGGAUGACAAUUCCUUCUCGCCCUCCCCUUCAUUUCCAAACUACAUGGCAUCAACAGCAUCAACUAAGGCAAGGUUUAGAUCAUUGAGCACACCAAAACAGCGGGUGGGAAUGACUGACAUUUGUUCUGAUCAGUAUUCCCCCUAUACGAAUAGACUACUCUCACCAUUCCCUUCCAUCAUCAGUGAUGCAAGCCCCAGCAAAACCAGCAAACCUUCGGUGUUUAGUCAGAGAUCACCACACUUGAAAGGUCAGACAGGUUCCAUUAAAGUUCAGAGGUCCUCUAACUACCUUAACUUUGACUCUGAAUGCUCAUUGCUGAAUUGGGAUCGAGGAGAUGCCUUUAGGUGAACUUCUUGUGAGAGUGCAGCAUAUAAGAAGUUUUCAGUUUUCUUCUUGUAAUGCAGUUUGGGAUUUUAUACUACAGGAGUGGAUCAGAAUUCUCUCUUGAAAAUUUCUUUAUAGUGUUGCAUGGGUGUGGUUUGAAAUUAUAGCUAUAUAGACUGCAACCAACGUUUGCAGCAAUGCUCAUAGCAGUGGAUAAUGUUUACAAAGUAUCUGAGAAUAAAAGUCUUAAAUUUGAAUUGUUUCACUA